AUGGCAGCGCUUCUGCAGGACAAGGUGGAGCGCUUCUUUGGCCGCUUCUCGCCCAUGCCCCAGUACUCGAGGCUCGGCUUCAAGCUGCUCGAUUCGGACCCUGUCCUCGACGUCUCCCGCAAGCUCGGCUUCAAAGUUGUCGAGUAUGACCUCCCACCCUACCCGCUGUACAAGGCUGGUGUCGGCAGCAUCCAGAUGCUCUCGUUCAUCUUUGGCUCGGGCAUCGUCGCUUACUUCCUGUACCACAACGUGGCCAAGAAGUCGGCCGCCGGCAAAUGGUUCUCGAUCCUCUUCCUCAUUACCGCCCUCAUGACCUGGCCCCUGCUCGACCCCAUGUCCGGCGUCAUGCUCAUCGACUUCUGGAAGCCUGCACUCGGCUUCCGCUCCUCGCUCCUCGUCUGGGACAUUUUCCAGAUCCGCAGCGUCCCCGAGGUCGAGUCGUGGGGCUUUGCUCGCUUCUUUGCCCAGCUGUGGACCUUCCCCAAGGAGCUCGACGAGAUCGAGGAGCGCACCCGCGAGGAGGGAUACGCACGGAACCCCAGGAUUGAAAACAUCAAGGGCAUGCCCAAGGUCGCCGUCGAGGCCGUCGCUCUGCUCGUCACCCUCUACUUUAUCCCGCCCUACGAGCUGACAAAGGACAUGUCCCAGCUCGCCUACCACUGCUACUGCGAUGCCCUGGGUCUUUCGAUUCUGAUGGCGCUCGCCCUCUUCGGCGAUGGCCUGCUAAAGGCGCUCGGCAUCCUCAUCAACGUCGAGAUGGCCGACAUGUUCGAAAACCCGCUGGGCACCACCAACAUCCGCCUUUUCUGGUCGCACUGGAACCGCGCCAUUGCGACGGUGCUGCACCGUGUAGUGUUUGGCGGCGGCAAGAGCAAGACGCGCUUGAAGAAGGCCAAGGCGGCCGCCGCUGCCGAGGCCGAGCAAAAGCGAAGGCACCUUGACCAGCUUUCCGAGACCGACGCCGGCCACACGUCGGGAGAGGACGAAGACAAGAACGGCCGACGCUCGCGCACCUCGAGCGGGCUUCGACCGCUGUCGCAGCUCAACGGCGACGCCAAGCUGGUCCACCGCAAGCCCAACGGCAGCGGCCCGCAGAAGGAGACGGAGACGACGGCGUCGGCCAAGAAGGAUGCGGCCAAGAGCAAGGGCUCGUUCUUGCCCAAGGCGGUGGCGGCGAUUGUGACGUUUGCCAUGAGCGGCAUCUUCCAUGAGCACAUUACCUACUUCACGCUUGGGUUCGCCAACGGCGAAAACUUCCUCUUUUUCCUGGCCAACGGCGUGGCGACGGUGACGGCGACGUGGUUCAAGCGCACCUUCCCGGAGGCCAACGCGCGCAUCCCGACGCUGGUGUCGGUGCUGAUGCUGCACGUCUUCUUCCUGGCAGUGAUCCCGCUCUUCUGCUCGCCGUUCAUCCGGUCUGGGUUCUUUAUCCAGCUCGAGGCGCUCAAGUACGAGCUGCUUCCCAUCCGCGCGCGCCCGCGCGGCAGCUUCGUCUACCUCUUUGGCAAGUGA